UUGGGCAUUACUCACACUCGUGUGUAAUUCUGGGGAGGUGUUGGGUGUCACUUCUUCAGUUCAGUUCGCUGCACACAAAACCACGAGCGGUUCACCAGAGAUCGUUUACUCGAAGUCUACAUGAUUUUCGAUAAAUCGCACCUCGUGGCGCAAGGAACUAUUAAGAAGGAGAAGAAACACAAACAGAGGAACAGUCAACCCCGAAUGUGUAGAAUAAGGAAGAAGAAUACUGGUCCGUUGACUGUUUGUUGACACUCAUAAGGAGUUGUUGGGAUCUCUUGCGCUCAGCCAUGGAAGUGAUACGGAGAUUUCUUUCGUGAUGCUGCGACCUCACGCGUAAGCGUUUCCUACAAAAAUGGACACGAUGUUACUGGCCUCCGCCGUGGUCGUCUGGGAAUCGCUCAACGAGCACGGGCGCUGGCGCCCGUACAGCCCAGCCGUGUCUCACCACAUAGAGGGGGUGAUAAGAAGCGAUCCCCGCGGCGGCAGCGUCGUUCUAGGCCAAGCUGACAGCCGCCUGUCGCCCUACAUCAUCGAUCUGCACUCCAUGCAUCAGUUCAGACAGGAUACCGGUACGUUAAGACCAGUGCGACGGAGUUUCUAUGACCCCACCUCAGCACCAAGCAAAGGUUGGAUAUGGGAGUGGGAAAAUGACGCAGGUUCCUGGACAACCUAUGACAUGGAGGUUAUUAUCGCCUUGCAAGCGGCAUGGGACCGACAGCAACCCUGGCUGGAUAUGACAUCGAUGGGCUUUUGCUACUUUGUGGACUUCCAGACCAUGACCCAGAUUAACAGGCAAACGCAGAGGCAGCGGCGCAUCCAGAGACGCUCAGACAUGGUUUACCCACUAUUCUCUGGGCCGCUGCCUAAAACCUCACACGCUUGGGGUACAGGCUCAGGGUCUGGGGGCAUUUCUAAAGGACUUCCAUCAGGUGGGGGCUCGACCGGGGCACUUCUUGGGGUUGGUGUUUCUGGUUCUACCUUGAGUAGAAAAGGAAGUGUAGUUUACCCAAGCGGAACACUUUCGGUAUCAUCUCUCGCUCCUUCUGGGCAGCCAUGUGCUUGCCAGCAGUGCAUGCUGGUGUUGAGUGUAAAGGCAAAUGGCACCUCAUCACAGACACUGGGACGUGCAACAAAGCCAAACAGUCCUAAAUCCAACUUUGGGACACUUCCAUCCUCCUCUGCGUCCAUGUCUGUUUUAAACUCGUAUUCUCAUACACUACCACAUGGCACGUCUUUAAAAUGCUCGCUCUCGGAAGAAGCCAAGAAUUCUGCUGCUUUUGAUCGGUCAUUGUCUCUUCUCACGUCGGGCACUGCCAAUCUCUCAGUCUCCUCUAGCCGCCCACCGCCUCCAACUCUGUCAUCACCAAACCAACAGCCCUCAUCCACCCAAAGCUCAUCGUCUUCAGCAACAUUUGUGCCAACUGCCAUGCUUAUUAACACAUCAACCAGUCCUGCAUCAUCUACAGAUUUGAUGUCAUCUUUAACAGCGCUGCCCUCUCAACGCUCUGCUGCCUCUGCUGCCCCUCUACCAUCUCGUGCCAGUCUGACAGGGCUUAGUCGGCCUGCUUUGCAGAGAAUUGCCAUGGCACAGUCACGGGCCCUUAUUGCCUCUGGGGUACCGACAGUACCAGUGAAGAAUCUUAAUGGUUCCAGCCCUGUCCAUCCAGCUUUAGCUGGUAUUACGGGUAUUCUGAUGAGUGCAGCUGGACUCCCUGUAUGUUUGACCCGUCCACCAAAACUAGUUCUGCAUCCUCCACCUGUCAGCAAGAGCGAUAUCAGACCAAUUCCUGGAAUUGGGCACUGUUGUCGCAAGACUACCAAGAAACAAGCACGCAAAGGUAGAACACCUGAGGAAGUCGUAAAAAGGUACUUACAGAAGGUCAGGAAUCCACCAGAAGAAGAUUGUACUAUCUGUAUGGAGGCUCUGGGGGGACCCUCAGGUUAUAAGGGUCCUGGUGUAGCAAGUGUGUCGCGUGCAGAGUCGGUUGGACGACUGGCACAAUGUGGGCAUCUUUAUCACAUGCAGUGCCUAGUGGCCAUGUACAACAAUGGCAACAAAGAUGGCAGCCUGCAGUGUCCCACGUGCAAGACAAUAUAUGGAGUAAAGACAGGCAACCAGCCGCCCGGUAAGAUGGAGUACCAUGUCAUCCCGCACUCACUUCCAGGACACCCAGACUGCAAAACCAUUCGCAUCAUCUACAACAUACCUCCUGGGAUACAGGGUCCUGAGCAUCCAAAUCCAGGGAAGCCUUUCACUGCAAGAGGAUUUCCCCGUCAUUGCUAUCUCCCAGAUAAUGAAAAAGGACGCAAGGCGUUGAGGCUGUUAUUGGUGGCAUGGGAUCGACGGCUGAUCUUCUCAGUGGGCACCUCCAGCACCACAGGAGAAUCAGACACGGUCAUCUGGAAUGAGAUCCAUCACAAGACAGAAUUUGGCUCCAAUCUUACUGGACAUGGCUAUCCAGAUUCUGGCUAUAUUGACAAUGUGCUAGAGGAGCUUAAAGCCCAGGGCAUCACUGAAGACGAGGAACAGCAACUGUGAAGAAGACAGGAUGUGCUCGAUAACAGUAAAAGAAAAACAUUGGUACUAGAUGUCCUAGGAGUGCAUCUGAACUCAAACAUGUGUGAAUUCAUAUGAAAAUGAUAACUCUGAUGAAAACAGUGUGACCAAUUGGUACAAAUAACUAUGUAAAUGAGGAACAAGUCGGAAGAAAGUAUCCUAUUCUCAAUACAUAUUUGAGCAAGAAGUAACACAACUAACAAGAGAAUGAUAUUUGGUUAAAGGUAAAAGAUAGGUUUGAAAGAAAAAGGAAAGAAAGGAAUGUGAGAAAGCAAGAAAGAGAGGUGGAGGGGGACUCGUGAAGUAGAAAAACAAGAGAUUAGAAAGACUAAGAAAAUGCAGGUUAUUGAAGCGACGUUGUAGUGUGAGUUUAAAGGAACACUCCACUUUUAAAAAGAAAAAAAUUCGCAACUUUUAAUUUUUCGAAGAAUCAAGUUUUAAAUAGGAAAAAUAUCGAAACUGUUUGAGCGAGAUGCUAACGGUCUAAUCGGAUUCAGUGAUCUAUGCUAAGCUAUGCUAAAAGUGCUACCGCCAAACCCGGAGAUCGGCUGAAUGGAUUCGAAAACGGUAAAACUUAACUGUUUAACUCCAGGGGAGUUGGAAAAUGAGUCUAUUUUCAAAAAAAGUGGAGUGUUCCUUUAAGUUGUGUGAAACAUUUGUAAAUUUCGGUGUGUUUAGUCAACUCUGGUACCUCUAACUGGAUUACUUGCUCUGAAUCUGUUUACUACAAGUGAGAAAUAUAGUUUAGUGCGUAUGAAUGCUUGUAUUAUAAUUUGUAUUAUCAUAAAACAUCAUUCCAUGUAUUCAAUCUUAUGUAUUGAGAACUUAUACUAUUUUUGUACGGAUGAUAAUGUGUGCGUAAGAUUCUGAGUUUUGAUGAAUCAAAAUAGAGCCGCAUUUUUAAUAUCAACUUGAUUUUAAAAUGAAAACCACUUUUGUGGAAACAUUGAAUUUGUUUAUGCUGGUUUAUUUGAGGUUUGAGAGAACCAACUUGCUGUUCUUCCUCAGAUCAUUUGAGUACUUGAUAUUCUCAUUGAAGAAAAGAGGUUUCUAGUGCGUCUAAUAGUUAUAGAUUAUAAAAUAUCACAUUUUCACGGUACAUGAAACCAGUUUGGUGGUUUAAGCUAAGAAGUGCUGCUUUACUCCACAUUCAGCAUUAAAUAUGUUCAACUUUAAUACAGAAGAAAGCUAUAGGCAAAGGAAUUAAGAUAUGGUAAAAUGACGGAAGGAAUAGCAAGCACUUCUAGAUAGAUGGGUAGUUUAAUGAUCCUUAAGGAUCAGUUUAGUAAUAGUUUGCCAAAAUGAAUUUUGCAAACUCAAGGAUUUUGCAUAAAGUAUGAUUUAGCUCUUUUUAACUCUUUUUUACUGUCCUUUACCCUUUUUGGGCCAGUCUGUUUGUUAGGUCAAUUAUUGACCUGUUUUAUAAUGUUCCACUUCUGAUAACCUAAAAAAGGUGCCAUUGUUUGGCAUGUGUGUAUUUGUGCAUGUGUGAGCCCAUGCAUCAUAUGUAUGCUUGCAUUAAAUUUAAGAGUGUAUGCUAUGCAUCCACAACACAAAGGUACGGUGUUACUCAUUUGCAUAAUUUUCUUCAUACGUUUCUUUUUGUAUUUCUCUUUUAUAUUAAUGUUUUCUUCUAUUUUCUUAGUUUGCUAUAUUUUAAGAAUGUUUCAUAUUGAGAAUUUUUAUACUUAAAGGUGAGCCUCAACUGUUUUUGGUUUAUUUUUGCUUGUCAACGCAAAAAAAUUCUAUUUUUGUUCAUAUGAAUUGUAGAGAUGUCUGAAGUUGUAAAAAAAAACAAAAAAAAAACUUUGAAGUCAACCAGCUGCUUUAUGUUGAGUUUGUAAUCUGUUAAGAACAUCUGUUAAGCAUUUAGAUAAAAAUGAUCAAAUAAAAAAAAAAUGUAAUUUUGUGAGGGGGAAAAUGAAAACAUGUACAUGAAAAUGAAAAGUAAAUUAAACAGAUAAUCAAAUUUGUCAUCUUCAUUGUAUCUCCAUUCAUUUUUUAAUAAAAUACUGCAGGACAUUU